CUCCGGUGAUAACUCCGACCGGACGGGAGCGGGAACCGAGGUCCCGAGCCCGGGAGGUGAAGCCCGGCUCCGGUUUGAAGGAGACGCAGCCGCCGGGGACCCGGUCAACACCCGGAGCCGCCGGGGACCCGGUCAACACCCGGAGCCGCCGGGGACCCGGUCAACACCCGGAGCCGCCGGGGACCCGGUCAGAUCCGAUUCAGAGUCGAUGUGGGUCACCCCGAGUUUCACCGCGACUGAAUUACUGAUACUUACCAUGUAUGUGAGGCAGCUGUUAUUGACGUCGACAAGCCAGUUUUGCCCUUCUGAUUUCCUCCUUGUAUCUUGAAAGCGAGUGGAAGUUGCGUACAACCAGGCUGUAUUUAUGAAUCACAAGCUCUAAGGGUUUGCUGGCAGUCCUUGGAUUAUUUUUUAAGCUGUGAAAGGACUUUCCAUAAGACAAAAUGCUUAUAAAGGAAUACCACAUCCCUCUUCCCAUGAGUGUUGAGGAGUAUCGUAUUGCACAACUCUACAUGAUACAGAAAAAGAGCAGAGAGGAAACUAGUGGAGAAGGGAGUGGUGUGGAAAUUCUUGAGAACAGGCCCUAUAAUGAUGGUCCAGGUGGCUCUGGGCAGUACACCCACAAAGUAUACCAUAUUGGUAUGCACAUCCCCAGCUGGUUCAGAUCUAUAUUACCAAAAGCUGCACUGCGUGUUGAAGAGGAGUCGUGGAAUGCUUACCCCUAUACCAGAACAAGAUAUACCUGUCCCUUUGUGGAGAAGUUUUUCAUUGAUAUUGAAACGUAUUAUAAACCUGAUUCAGGAGAUCAUGCCAAUGUAUUUAACCUCUCAACUGCUGAAAAAAGACAGAGGAUGCUUGAUCCGAUUGAUAUUGUCAAAGAUCCCAUUCCUCCUAAUGAAUACAAAACAGAAGAGGACCCUAAACUGUACAAGUCUUUCAAGACAGGAAGGGGACCCCUGUCUGAUGACUGGAUAGAGGACUGCAGGAAUAAACCUGGAAAAAUGCCAAUUAUGUGUGCAUACAAACUCUGCAAAGUAGAGUUUCGAUACUGGGGAAUGCAGUCCAAAAUAGAGCGAUUCAUCCAUGAUGUAGGUUUGAGGAAAGUCAUGCUGAGAGCUCACCGACAGGCGUGGUGCUGGCAGGAUGAGUGGUAUGGCCUGACCAUGGAAGAUAUUCGGCGACUCGAGCGAGAAACACAGCUCAUGCUGGCCCAAAAAAUGGCCCAGUUCAUGGCUCAGUUCAACCUAAACAAUGGUGAAGCUGAACAAGCUGGCCCAAGUCAACCCUCCAAUGAGAACGAUCUAGGCACAAAUAUUUCCAUCACCGGCCUUGAUCCAGAACCUGACACUGCCAAUCUGAAGGACUACAAUGGCUCGCUAACGGAAAGAGCACUAACUAAACAGUGGUCUACGUCAUCCAAAUCAUCACGCUCAUCAAAAAGAGGAGUCAGUCCUUCACGACACAAUAUAGCAGACUGGCGAAUGCAGAGUAUUGCUCGAGAUUCUGAUGACAGCUCGGAUGAUGAAUUCUUCGAUGCACAAGAAGAUUUUUCAGACAAUGAGGAGAUCUUCCCUCAAGAAAUCACAAAAUGGAAUUCGAAUGAUCUUAUUGAUAAAAUUGAAGCGGGUGGUGAAGCUGAAGGAGGCCAGAGUGACUUAUAUCAAGGUCAAUUGACAGACUAUGUUCCUUCCAGUGCAGAACAGCUCAACCCUACUGAGGCUGGAGCAUCACAGCAACCUUUGCAGUCUUGCAAGAUUCAUGUCCUUGUCCUCAUCCUGCAUGGUGGAAACAUUCUGGACUCUGGCAGUGGAGACCAAACCUCCAAACAAGCUGAUGUCAACACCAUAACCUCUGUCUUUGACACAGUGAUGAGAGUACACUUCCCUGCAGGUCUUGGCCACAUCGUAGUCAAGUUGGUGCCAUGUCCAGCCAUCUGCUCUGAAGCCUUUUCACUGGUGUCAAACCUCAGCCCCAUGAGCUACGACGAAGGCUGUUUGUCAAACAGCCAGGAUCACAUUCCACUGGCUGCACUUCCUUUGUUGGCAACAUCUUCUCCUCAGUACCAGGAGGCAGUUGCUACAGUGAUUUUCAGAGCAAAUCAGGUGUAUAGUGAUUUCAUCAAAUCACAGGAGGGUGUCUCCUUUAGUGGCCAGGUAUGUUUGAUUGGAGACUGUGUUGGGGGAAUCCUGGGAUUUGAUGCACUCUGCUUCAGUAAUCAGACUGUCUCCGAGAGCCAGAACAGCAGCAGGAGAGGCAGUGUUGUGAGUGUGCAGGACAACGAUCUAUUAUCUCCUGGUAUAGUUGUGAACAACAGCUGUACGUGCAGUGCUUCCAACCUGGAAACCAGCAGGCAUCUCAGUAGAAGCAACAUUGACAUUCCUCGAAGCAGCAUGGAUAAUCCAAAUAAACAGCUGCCAAGAAAGAGGAGUGAUUCUUCAACAUAUGAGCUGGACACAAUUAAACACCACCAGGCUUUCCUUUCGAGUUUACAUUCUAGUGUAUUAAGGAAUGAUUCUGGGUCUCGGCGAUCUAGCAACUCGACCAUGUUGGAUGGAGUAAGCCCCGGAAAGUUUGAAUUUGAAGUGACUGACUUCUUUGUGUUUGGUUCCCCCUUGGGACUGGUGCUGGCAUUGAGGAAGACUGUUAUCCCCAACUUGGACGUCUCCCAGUUGAGACCAGCAUGUCAGCAAGUUUACAAUCUGUUCCACCCAGCGGAUCCUUCAUCUUCCCGCUUGGAGCCACUUCUGGAGAAGAAAUUCCACCUGCUGCCACCAUUUAAUGUUCCCCGCUAUCAGAGGUUCCCGCUGGGUGAUGGCAGCUCUGCUCUUCUGGUUGAGACAGUCCAGAACAAUCCCACCCUCAUCCUGGAAACUCCAUUAGUGAGUCUCCAACGACAGGAGAGUGUAAUGGAAACUAGUAUACCUGUUCCUGUCCUUAACUGGCAAGAUGGUUCCAGUAGGAAUCCAACUGUUGCAGAGUCAGAUGUUAUUCAGUCUCACGCUGGUGUCUUCAUGGAAAGUUCAUCUCCUUCCUCCCCCGUAACAGCCCCAAUCUUCCGGGGAUUCCGGAGGGCGAGUGAGGUCAGCAUCGCUAGCCAGGUGUCGGGAAUGGCAGACAGUUAUACAGCUUCCAACAUAGCCAACAUUGCAGCAAGGUGGUGGGGAACUAAGAGGAUUGACUAUGCUCUCUACUGCCCAGACGCUCUUACAGCUUUUCCAACUAUAGCCUUACCCCAUCUAUUUCAUGCAAGUUACUGGGAGUCAACAGAUGUUGUCUCAUUUUUACUGCGACAGGUAAUGAGACAUGAAAAUGCAAGUGUUCUGGAACUGGAUGGGAAAGAAGUUUCUGUAUUCAGUCCUUCAAAACCACGUGAAAAGUGGCUUCGCAAGAGGACGCAAGUUAAAAUAAGGAAUGUUACAGCAAAUCAUCGAGUGAGUGAUGUUAUUGUUACUGAAGAUGGUCCUCAGACACUGACUGGGAGAUUUAUGUACGGCCCUCUGGACAUGGUCACACUGACUGGAGAAAAGGUGGACAUUCAUAUUAUGACUCAGCCUCCCACAGGAGAGUGGGUUUAUUUUGACACUGAUAUUACAAACAGCAGUGGCAGAAUUUCCUACGUUAUCCCAAAGGACAAAAGACUGGGAAUUGGUGUCUAUCCAGUAAAAAUGGUGAUUAGGGGCGAUCAUACAUCUGGAGAUAGCUACAUAACUGUUCUGCCAAAAGGAACAGAGUCUGUGGUGUUUAGUAUUGAUGGAUCAUUUGCAGCUAGUGUCUCCAUUAUGGGCAGUGAUCCCAAGGUCAGAGCUGGAGCAGUGGAUGUUGUAAGGCACUGGCAGGAUCUUGGCUACUUCAUUAUAUAUGUAACGGGGCGACCUGAUAUGCAGAAGCAGAGAGUGGUAGCUUGGCUGGCUCAGCAUAAUUUCCCCCAUGGAAUUGUCUCCUUCUGUGAUGGACUUGUUCACGAUCCUCUUAGGCACAAAGCCAACUUCCUUCGCAGCCUCAUGCAAGAUGUGUUGAUGAAGAUUCAUGCAGCGUAUGGAUCCACAAAGGAUAUUUCAGUUUACAGUUCUCUUGGCUUAUCUCCAUCACAAAUCUACAUCGUAGGUCGCUCAUCUAAAAAGUACCAGCAUCAGUGUCAGUUUUUAUCAGAUGGAUAUGCAGCACAUCUAUCCCAGCUGGAGUAUAACCAUCGAUCAGGUCCUGCUAAAAGUAAUUCCAGAAUGGUACUGCGAAAGGGCAGCUUUGGGUUACCCGGCCAGACAGACUUCCUGAGGAAAAGGAACCACUUGCUGCGUACUAUCUCCAACCAGCAAACGGCAUCCACACCUCCAAAACCAGAGCGGACACAUAGCCAGUCUGACAGCGAGCGAGAUCGAGACAAGGAGCGCAGUCAGAGGAGCAUGAGCAUCACUGCAGGAUGCUGGGGUCGUACAGGCGUGUCGAAACUGGAAUCCGGCGUUUAACAGCAGCAAAAUACCAGGAGGAGGUGGCAAAUCGGCUUCAGGGCAAUGGGUCGAUGUAGCAAAUGAAAAAUCUGCUGGUGACAUAAGAAUUGAAGCAAGCACUGCAGGUGAAUGGGUACCAUGGUGCUAACAAAAAGAUACUGAAGAUAUGAACUCAUUGUGUUUAGUGUCAACUGCAGGCCUUAACAAUGCAGUGUUGCAUUUGUGGAACACUAGCUGAAAAGUUAAUCUUAACUCAUAGAGAUGUAGCUCAGACUUAUAGAUCCUGCUUAAUUCUGCAUCUUUUCUAUUCAGGUUUUGGCAAUGACUAUUGUAAAUAGCCAAUGCCUCCUGUUCACAAUAACACUGGUAGCUUUAACUCACUAGGUUUCUGUUACAGACCAGAUAUUUUCCAAAAGUUUUCUGGAAAUUCAGCAGGAAUGUCACAUAAGAUUAGCUGUUAUUUUUCAUGCAGUUUAGCUUUAGUAACUUGAUACUGUAAAACCUCAGUUUUUGCACUGAUUAACUUUAGAAUUGGAAUUCUGUUACUAUCUCGUGUCACUACAUCAUCCCUAGUAGUGCAUGAUAUUUACUUAACAUCAAUGUCAGAGUAAUCCUCUUGUGUGUAGACUGUAAAGGUGUGAGGAUUCAUCCAAGGCAGCUUGCCAAAUUACCUGAAAUCACAGGUUGAAACCGUCCACGUGAAAAAAAUAAGCCGUGUUUAAAAGGAACUUUGUUUGUUGACGUGCUAAUAAGAAACUUAAUACCAUCCUAAGGGACAGAUCCAUUUUUGCAGUGAUGAAAGGUUAAUUAUAAAUUAGAUCUCAUGCCAAAUGUUAGGCAAAUCAAAUUCAAAGUUGGUGUUUCUGUGAUCAUCCAUUUCCCUGCUUCAUUUUCAUUUUGAGCUCUGUUAUCAGUUGAAUUUGCAUUUCACUGAUACUGAAGUGCUGUGGUUCCAAAUCAAUACACAGGACUGUAGUUUCCAUUUGCAUUGGAAGGAAGAGCACAGCAGAUGUAAUAACAAAUAUAAUGAAAAAACAAAUGUUGGGUCUUUAGCAUUAAACAUUGAUCAUUAGUCAGGUAUUCAUUGACCCAGAGGGUCAGAGCAAGUGGGUUUGUUAUCCUGUAGUUACAAUUCCAGAUGGUGAUAGUUUAAAGAAAGUAUGAACACAGAAGGAAUUUCCCUGUUGAACAAAGAUGCUAAAUCAGCUGUUACUUUUAGCUUCUUUGUGUUUUUUGGACAGUUGAUUUUUUGAUGACUUUGCAUGUUCACAUUGAUAAUUUAUUUUACAUGGUGCAUAACUAAUGCUUUGAUUUUAUUAGAUGUGUCCAGAGAAAACUACUCGGAGGUGCCAGUGCGCCAUAUGUGUAUAUUCUUUUACUUAAGUAACAAAUGAGUUCUACAUUGCUACAGGUUUUUGAGACAGUUGGCAGAAUCCAUUCAUUGAGAUCAAGUUUUGAGAGCAGGUCAACCCAUGUGCUUCCAAUAGUAAUGAAAGCGCGAGUGACUAGGAAGUCGGUGGUUCAUUUCACUCGCCAUAUUUUAGUGUCUGAAUUGUUUGUGUUGGGGUUGGGGGAGAACUGAAAACUGUUAACCACCUUCCAAUCCUUGAAAAUACCUGUCAAUUUAGCAACUUUAAAGGAGAAGGAACUAACCUCAACAUUCCUCACAACAAAAAUGGAUUCUGUUUCUCAAUUCUCAAUGGCAUCACCAUAGGUAAUGACAGUGAAUGCAUUUUUUCCAAAAAAUCUUUUUUUUUUAAAACUGAGUAAAUUUCCGAUUCACAAAGCUUGCUCAGAGUAGCUUUCUGGUAAUCUGCUAGUCAGGUUAAUUUCCCUCUUUCAUUGGUGUCCUUGCACCACUCACCACCUGCAGGCACCAUCUAGGCAGCCUGCUCCCGGUCUCUGCCAGUGUUUCUUUGCAAUCAGCCUUCAGGAAGUGAAUGAGUGAGUUUAAUGGAACAUUCCCUCAGCUCUGUACUGUGUUGGGGAGGGAAGGGACAUGAUUGUGUGCAGGACUCAUUUGCACCAUUCUGCACUGAGACAUUUCACUAUAACUGCACGUAAUCCCACUUAACCCAGCUGGAAUAGUUUCAGUUUAAUUAUUAGUUGUUAUGCUUUCCUGUUACUGAAAGCGUUAUCCAUUUCUUUAAUAUUAGAUGCCAGUACAUAUACUAGAUUGACCUGAAUGAUUAAAUCAUUAAAAGGCAUGUGGUGGAACUGAAAUGAUUUUUGGCAAAUUUUAAAUUCAACACACAAGAAAGUUAAACCAUGUAACAGAUUGACUCUGCAGGGGGAUGUUGAAAAUGUUCUGUAACAAAUAUUGUGUGUAGAUAAUGUAAAGCAAGAUAUGUAAAUGUAGGUUUAAAUAAGGCUAUAAGUAUUUAUUUGUGUAGAUAAACUGCAGGAGGUGACAAAUCCUUCAGAUUUUAUUAAUAUUUGGAACAUAGAAUUUUGUUUUGAACAUUAUAUAUAAAAUUGUUUUAUGGACCAAGAAUAAUUUUACUGCCAUUGCACAAGUGCAAUACACAACCACUAUUCAUAAUUGGUAAUCAUAGCAUUGACAAUCAAUGUCGUGGACUGGAAUAAGUAUGACCUUUUGGUGACUCCAGGUUAAAGCAUUAAUUCUCUUCCUUCUUCUAGAGAUAAGGAACUGGUAUCUUCUUGAGUUUCAGACAAUAGAUCUGAUUUUUAUAUAGAAAUAGAAUUUACAACCCAAUGUGGUCAUGUGACAAUCCAAAGCUUCCAAGAUGAGCCCUGCUGAAUGACCACUGCACUGUAUGCAGUUUACACUGGAUAGCAACUUCCUUUGCUUUUAACCAGAGCGAGCUUGUUGUAAUAGGUUAGUUUAGGUUCCUUAUACAAUAACUUGAGAUGUAGAUUUUUUUUCAUCCUGAAGCUGUUAGGUCCUUGUUAUGAAGCUGCAAAAUCCCAAAGACUGAAGCAAGUGCCAAAUAUUUUUGUUUAUACAGGUUGUGGAUCCUGUAUUAGGAAGCUAGUGACUGGAUGUGUACUGGAUACGGGGAUUUUUCCGAGAUUUUGAGUCCUGGGCUAGGGUUUGGGAGAAUAGGAUAACUUAAAGGCGGACUGAUUUCUCCACUGAGCUGGACCUAGCUGUGACAGGGAAAGCAAGGGAUGAUGGGCGGUCCAGCCAAGCAUCCCAUCGUUAAUCCCAGACCCAAAGAGCAGGGGGCAUCAGCGCAGCACGAUGCAGAUCUAACAAAGAGAAAUGUCUGCUGGGGAUUGUAGUUUCCAGGGCAGGACUUGGUUUUCGUGUCCUCCUGGAUUUUGGGAUGCUGAGUAAGGGGUCCGGGACCUGUAUUCCAUUCUGAGGGAGAGAAAUGUCUAAGGAGAGACCAUGAUCAGAGUUUUACUUCAUUUCCUCCCUCCCCUUCCCCUACAAGUCAGACAUUGAACAAAAUGGUGCCGCUGUCACUUUGACCCUGUGUAGACUCCUAACUGACUGAGUUUAGAAGAUUCAGAAGUCUGGCUUGAUUCUGCAUUGUAACUGUCAGAAGUGGUGGAUGUGCCCUUGUUGUGAACCCAACAGAGAUGCACAUUCAGAUCUCCAUCAUCAAACAUACUAGAUACACAUCUGGCACUUGUACUGUUAAACUAGCAGAACAACACUACAAGAGGCGCAGCAGCAUUUAGCACGGAUGAAGACCAUGAUUUAAUUGAAUUUUACUACGUUCUCCCUCAACGCUGUUAUGUAGAGAUACUGAUUCUUAAUUCCCAGUAUCAGUACAAAUUAUAGCUCAUGUAUUUUUCCAUACAAUUUUGAGUUAAUUCCAAAUCACAAAGCCUGUUUAUUGCACUGAUAUUUUGAUUUAAAGCCCUGUAAAGUUGUAGUUGAUGCUGAGGGAUGCUUGAAAACUGUAGUUAGCCAUUCAAUGUUUAACCUCAGCUUGAUUUAUUUACAAUAAAGCUGCAUGUAGCAUUGCUACAGAAACAGGUUAUAAGACUAUUAUACUGACCAAUAGCUCAGUAUAAAUGUCAUCCAGUCCUGAACAAUGCAUGGCAGACAAACACAAUGUACAGGUUUGUAGUGUUCUUUACAACUCACCAAAAGGUCACUAAUAAAUCCAGCCGCACCCCUUCACAAACGUGUGAACUCUUGGUUGUCUUGCUGAUGAAAGGUAAGACAACUUGCUGCAUUUAAGCAUUAGCUGCUGAAGCCUCACGUCCUCUGUUCAGUGCAAAAUCCAAGGAUAUAUUGAUAACUUUGACAGUAAUUUUUUAUUCAGAAGUGUUUGUUAUAUUUUAUUUAUAGAAAUGUUACAUAUAAACACAAGUUAACUAUUGCAACUAAAGUUGUGUACAAUUUGUUUGACCUGUUAAAUAGCUGAGCACCCCAAAUUAAUUAAAGACUACGUUAGAUUUAAUCUGCUGGUCCUGGGUCUCCAUUCCUUAGAUUUUAGUUCGGUGUAAGUGUGUAGAGUAGAGAGAGAAGUUUUGAGGUGUUCACUUGUAUGUAACACUCCACACUUGCACAAACUUCUACUUCUGGCUGUUGUCAUGCAUUGUUAUACCUGGGUGUGCUUUUGUGCAUAAUUGUAUGUUCUAUGGAUUAAAUGAAAAUGGGACAGCA